GAGAACCGAAGGGAGAGAGAACGCAGAGGCGGAAGGGAAAGAGACGAAGAAGGCGACGCUUGGCGGAGGCUUGCCUCUUCGCAAACAUCAUUAAUUCUAGUUUCCUUUGUUGUCUAGAGAGAAGAGAGAGAGAGGAAUAGGCAGACAAUGAUGGAGGUGGUGGCGCAUGUGUACGACGUGACCAACAGUGGGUCGGAGAAGGCCAACAACACCAUCCUCCACAUCAACCGCUUCUUCAAGGACGGCAUCGGCGUCGGCGGCAUCUUCCAUAGCUCUAUCCAGGUAUACGGUGAUGAAGAAUGGUCAUUUGGUUUUUGUGAAUAUGGUAGUGGAGUUUUCAGUUGUCAACCAUGUAAAAAUCCUAUGUAUACUUAUCGAGAAUCAAUUGUCCUUGGAGAGACAACUUGUUCCAUAUUCACGGUGAAUCAAAUCUUGAGGGAACUAAGCAGAGAAUGGCGUGGAAGUUCAUAUGAUCUGUUUUCAAGAAAUUGCAACCACUUCUGUGAUGCUUUCUGUGAAAUGCUUGAUGUUCCAAAACUUCCAGGUCAGUCAGCAUGGGUGAAUCGGUUAGCAAAUGCUGGUGAUGCUGCCAUGGAAGUUGCAGAAAUCACAGCAUUCAAGCUGCAACAAGCAAAAGCUGAAAUUAUAAAUGCUAGCAGAGUAGCUUAUAAGUUCAUCUCAGGUGUGGGUUCAAAUGCACCCACCACAUCAGAAGGCCCGAGUGAUUCAGGUAGUGUUGCUGCUCGUGCCCAGGGAACAUGGUUCAGAAAUCUCUUCAGCAACAUAGGUGUGAAGCCAUCUAGUAGUAACUCAAGCUUCCCUGAGGAUUUCGAUGAUGAAGAGCCUGAAGAUGAACCCAGCAGCAGCAGCAGCAGCAGUAGUAGCAGCAGCAGAGAAAAAUAGCACUCACGCAACUCAGCCCCAAGAGCAAGAUAUAUGAUUCAAAUUUAUUGUAUUAUUUAAGAGUUGCAUGACAUAACAUCGUCUUUGAUCAUUUAAAUUAGUGGAUACAGUAAAAAAAAAAAUCUUCAAUCUUCAACAAA